AUGACGAACCGUGCGUGCGGUGUUCUUGUUUUGAGGUGCAGUGGGGCGGAGGAGGUGGGCGGCUGCGUGCUGACAACCCGCCGGCCAAGAUGGAACCCUAGGCAGAAAACGUUGACCCUGGACUUUCAUGGCCGUUGCAGCUUGGCCUCUGCGAAGAACUUCCAACUCGAGGCGGAGGGCGACGCAAGCCGGGUGGUGCUGCUAUUUGGCAAGGUGGAAAAGGACCGCUUUGUGUUGGACUACGGACACCCCCUGGGCGCCGUCCAGGCCUUUGCUGCGGCGUUAUCGGCUUCUCACUGGAAGUGA